GCAGUUCCCGGAUUAAUGCAUGCGGCGUGACGGUGUGAGUAUGAUUUUUCGGUCUUUUUUAUUUAUUCUCUACGCCAGGUCCUUGCUCGCUUUUGAAACGUCAUUCACGUACCGACUAGAAGCCGGCAGAGAGGAGUGCUUCUUUCAGGACGUUCCCAAAGACUCCACGACAGAAAUAGAGUAUCAGGUUAUAGAAGGAGGUGAUAUGGAUAUUGAUUUCUCAUUGUAUGGUGUGAAUGGUCACGUGAUUCGUACCGAUAGAAGGCAGGCUGAUGGGAUGCACACAGUAAACUCAGACAAGGAGGGAUUGGUGCAGUUCUGUUUCGGAAACACGUUCAGUCGAGUGACAGAGAAAAUUGUUUUUAUCGAUAUUGGAGUGAAUCGUGAUGACGACGACUCGUGGACGACUUUUGAUCAAAUUGAUGAUUCAGUGGACAGUGAUUUCAAGCCAGUUGCAGAUUCCGUUCACCGGGUGACGAAUGACAUGGAGAAAGUUCAACGAGAUCAAGACCACAUACGCGGACGAGAGGCCCGCGACAGGCACAUUGUCGAGAGCAACCUGUUUCGAAUCCCUAUGUGGUCGAUAGUCAACUGUUUGGUGUUGAUUCUGACUACCGGGUUGCAAGUUUACUUUGUGAGACGAUUAUUCAUCGAUGAUAGAGGAAUUAAAACUUAAUCAUAUGUCUAAGAAUUUCUGUUAUAUCGUUGAUCUAAAGGUCAAAUUUGAUGCCAUUACGAUACGCUCA